AUGGCUAGUCUUGUUCCUAGAGCUGUGGCACUUCGUCAAAAAGCAAAGAAUCAAAAAAAUUCUAGUACCAUCAUAUCAAACUCUCAGCAAAACGUCGAUCGCCCAUGCUUAGAUCGACUUCCACUUUCCACCGAUGUAUCGACACUCGCUGGAGCUUUCGAACCUAUAAAAUCAGUUCAAAUCGAAGUAAAUGUCCAAAUUGAGACUGGAAUAUCAUCAGAGCAGUCGACGGGUUCAAGAAACACUACUCAAUUCAAGAAUGAAACAACAUAUUCAUCAAGAGCUAAUCGCCCUUUGCAAUCCGAUCAACAAGUUUAUCCUAGAUCCAUCUACAAAUCAUCUCGUACAUAUCCAUCAGGUUAUUACGAUCAAAAAAGGGUUAAAGAGAAUUUAUUUCCUAUCGGUUGUAUUGUUUGGCUUACAGGUUUACCAGAAGUUAGAUUUAAUAAACUUCAAGUUCUUGAACUGAUUUCUAUCAUUUUAAAAAUUGGUAAAACGAAUGAUGACAUUUUAUUAGGUGAUUCAAUUUCUGAGAAGAAGAUAAAUGAUUUGGUGAAAUACGUUGAUUUACAAAAAGGACUUGAUAAUUGUCAUAUACGACUCUGUAAUAAUAAAACAUCUCAAAAGUUUUUAUCAUGUUUAAAUCAAUUCUUAAAAACAAAUUGUUCACAUGUUUUAUUAGAAAAAGAUGAAACUGUUUAUAAUUUUUCGAGGUUGAAAGGAACUAUAUUAAGCGGUAGAAGAGAAGAAAUUUAUUGGGAAAAGAUUCCUUUAUAUCUGUAUUACUAA